CGUGACGCAGGUUAACUGUACCCUACAUAUCCGUACUCCGUAUCCAUCAGGCAUUCAACCAAGGCCUCAGACAGCAAGAUUAUCUAGUUCCAGGUAGGUUGUCAGUGCCUGAAUAAGCCAAGUGGGGCAUCCUGGUUGGCUGUUGACCUCAGGCAGCCGGAAAGGGGCAAGGCGCGUGUAUUCCCAACUGUUGCUCUUGGUGGCGCGCCGCCCACAAUGCACUGUGCCUGCGUUUCGCGCCUUUGACCACAAGCUUGGGUUCACUCAAAGAUAUCCAUAGAAAAAGACAUCCAUCUUCAACUCGCUCCCCAUUCCACCGCAAGACAUUUCCAUUCGACUUCAAAUAAUUUUCUGCACCAGGUAAAAUUUACUUUACUUUCUGCAUCUUCUGUGGAACUCACCUGGCGACACGUGUGUGGACCAUCUAGCAGCCUGUUUUCGCCUUUUCAAAACUCAAAAAGACCAACCGCAACUCUUUUACCACCAAACACCACCUUACACAACCCAACCACAUCACUUCCAGGUUUCCGCUGCCCGAAAAAGUUUCAGUGCCUGCACCACCACCUGCUACCACCAGAAACCAUCAUAACACCACACAACACACUCCUCAGCCACGACAUCAGCAAUGGCUUCAUCACCAGCCCCUUCAGCUUCGGGCGAGCAAUCGCAGCUCCAUGGCCAGAAGCCCCUCGAGCAAAUCACGUUCCGUUUCUGCUCGGAAUGCAGCAACAUGCUCUACCCCAAGGAAGAUGAGGCCGAUCGCAAGCUCAUGUUCACCUGCCGCACUUGCAACUUCUCCGAAGAGGCCACCUCGUCGUGCAUCUUUCGCAAUGUCCUCAACAAUGCCGCUGGCGAGACGGCCGGCGUGACGCAGGACGUUGGCUCUGAUCCUACGCUACCAAGAGAACAGCGCACUUGCCCCUCUUGCAACCAUGGGGAGGCUGUCUUCUUUCAGUCUCAACAGCGAAGCGCUGAAACGGGAAUGAAACUCUUUUAUGUGUGCUGCUAUUGCGGUAACAUUUACCAAUGAGUUUGGUCUUUCGGCGGGACACUUGUACAUCGGCGAGUGAGAUACAGGAACAUUUGCAUAACACGGCGUUUGGCGAGAUUGAUAUAGGAGUGGGAGAUGUUUAUCACUGCUAGGGUAAACAAAACUUGGCUUUGAGGAUAGGAGGAGGCAUCAUCGAUGGGAAUUUAUUUUUAUUGCUGGGCUGUUUAUUCAUGGGAAUGAGGGACAAAUGCGUGAAAGGAGAGGUGAUUCGGGUAUUUUGCCUGUAUUGAAGCUGUACAAGUAGUUUACACGACGCCGUAUAACGCCGUUCUGAUGCCACUCCCCAGUGGAGCAAUGAUAUAAUACACCCAAAUGAUCCCUCCCAUGAUUUGAUUUUACGUUUUUUAUUGGUGUUGGUCUCA